AUGAGAAAUAAGAAUCUUUACUACAGUAUGCUGGAAGGCGGAAGUGUGAAGGAAACAGAACAGGUGACGCAGGUCGGUUCACGCACUAGUUUAUGUCAAAACAAGAUGAAAACAUUGUUUUUGUUGCUUCUCUUCUGCCACGUUUCAUCAUCAGUGAAACACUCCCUGAAGUUUUUUAUAACUGCGUCUUCUGGAGUCCCAAACUUCCCAGAGUUUGUGGGAGCUGUGGUGGUUGAUGGACAUCUGGUGGGUUACUGCGACAGCAACAGGAAGAUACUGGAACCAAAGCAGGAGUGGGUGAAAACUUUUUUCAAAAACGAACCUCAGCACUUGGAGUGGUACAAUACAGAGUGUUUUGAGAUUCGGCCAAAGUUUUUUAAAGCCAGGAUGGACAGUUUGACGCAGCGCUUCAACCAAAGUGGAGGUGUCCAUGUUUUACAGAGGAUGAAUGGCUGUGAGUGGGAUGAUGAGACUGGAGAGAUUCAAGGUUUUAUUCAGUACGGUUAUAAUGGAGAAGACUUCAUGUCAUUGGAUCUGAAGACACUGACGUGGAUCGCUCCGAAACCACAGGCCGUCAGUACCAAACUGAUGUGGGACGCUGAGAAAACUAGAAUGAAAUCUAAUGAGAAGUAUCUCACUGAGAUUUUCCCUGAGUGGCUGAAGAGGUAUUUGGCCUAUGGGAAGAGCUCUCUGCUGAGAACAGAGCUCCCCUCAGUGUCUCUCCUCCAGAAGACUCCCUCCUCUCCAGUCAGCUGCCACGCUUCAGGUUUCUACCCUGACAGAGCCUCACUCAUCUGGAGGAAAGAUGGAGAGGAGCUUCACGAGGGCGUGGACCUCGGAGAGAUCCUCCCCAACCACGAUGGAACCUUCCAGAUGAGCGCUGACCUGAAACCUUCAGCGUCUGAAGACUGGGGGAAGUACGAAUGUGUGUUUCAUCUCCCUGGUGUGAAGGACGUCAUCACCAGACUGGACAAAGCAGCGAUCAGGACCAACUGGGAGAAGCCCGGUGACGUCCUCAUCACUGCUGCAGUGGUUGUUCUUUCUCUCAUCCUCAUCAUCGCUGCUGCUGGAUUCAUCGUCUACAAAAAGAAGAAAGUCAAACCACGUCCAUCUCCUGCUGCAGACAGCUCGGAGCUCUCUGAGAGCCUGAAUCCAGAGACCUGAAUGACAAACACACUGGAUGAGUCAUGUGACCUGCGUCACAUGACGCAGCUUUCCAGAACUACAAGAGACUGACAGAUGAUUCCUGCAAAUAAAAAUGAAGCAACUUAAUGUGAAGACAAUCAAGAAAACACACACUGAAUAAGAGAUUUGCACUUUCAGGAACUGAACCAAGUUGGCAAGUUAUGAUUCUGUGCUUUAUUUUCAUCUAUCAUUAUAAUUUAUAGAUGCAAUAAUGUGUUUCUAAGAAUGUUAAAUAAGUGUUUUGGAUCAUUUCUGCAGAAUCUGUUAUUGUUUUGGUUUAAGUACAUGAACCACAUGCAGUUUCUCAGAGCACAGGAGCUGCUGACUGGUGGCUCUUGGUAUAGUGGAACAGAGACGGUGAUGGUGGUUGGACCACUGAGCGGCCUACAAAUGUAGAUAUGAGGUUUGUUUGUGUGACUGAAGGAUUUAAAGGUGCGUUAGGUCGGGUUAGAGAAGGAUGUCGCCUGUCUGAGGGUUCAGUAGAUUUUCUGAUACCCACUGCUGGGCCUGAUGAUCGGUCAAAACAUCAUGAACACGAGGACUGGGCUUCUGUAGGAACGCUCUGACAGCUUUGCUUUAUUUUACUGUGGACUGAUGCACAUAAAUAAAUGUGAAAAUCAAAUGUAUUGUUCUUUCUUUUUGUUUCAUUUUUAAUAAAAUCACCAAUUUUGAAACAAAAUACUGGACAAAUG